GAUCUGGUUUUAGACCUUGGAUCGUCGCGAUUUUGUUGAAAUGUCAUUGCGGACCCCGCUCGUGCAAGGUCGAUUCAGGGCAUCAGGGUCAACCCUCUACCAACUCAUAGACAGUCCCCUAAGCACCAACUUGACGGCGACCGAAGCGCACGUUGUGAGUAGCGCGUGAGCCAGGCAAGAGUAACUUGACGACACUUCGGUACCGACGGCCGGCUGUUAACAUGGCUCACACAUCCUUCCCUUCGGACCUACCUGUCCCUCAGGAUGACGGAGCGUGUUCGCACUUGAGUGGAACACAGAUACCUUCCGUAUCCUUGUCCGCAACGUCAGGCGACUGGCUUGAUGUCUCGAUUUAUCCGGGCCUGACCAUCGUCUUCUGCUAUCCGCGUACCGGUGCACCUGGUGAAACAAUCACUGAAGACUGGAACUCCAUACCAGGAGCACGAGGCUGCACACCUCAGGCGUGCAGCUUUCGCGACGAGAUGGUCAAACUACGCGACCUCGGCGCACAGCGUGUAUUUGGAUUGUCGACUCAGGACACUGCCUACCAGAAAGAGGCCAAGGAUCGGCUGCAUUUACCCUACGAACUGCUUUCGGACGAGAAUCUACACUUUGCAAAUGCCCUGAGACUACCCACCUUUGGAUGGCAAGAUAAGACACUGAUCAAGAGAUGCGCCCUCGCGAUCGAAGACGCAGUCAUCGUCAAAGUCUGGUACCCUGUUUUCCCUCCCGACAGCAGCGCGAAAGACGUAGUGGGAUGGCUCGCAGGCAGAAAAUAGUAUAUGCAGGUACCAUUUCCGUGCCCCUGAAACGAGUUGGUACCACAUUUGGAGGCGCACCCGUGAACUUCCUGACUCGGGCCCCUACGGUGCUUUUACGGCUGCCGAAUCCGGCUACGUAGGUAGACAGGGGAACUAACAGCAGCAAUCGCAACGUACUCAAUACUGGGCGCAACAGGAACUGGGUGCUCAAUUUUUCUCGAUCAGCACAACGGUACAUUCCGUCGUCGUAAUAUACCUCUAUUGUCCUCACACACACUGUCAACUGUUGCGGCAAAAGCAAUGUUUGGGGACAAGGUUUGACGGGUGCGACGUUGGGUUGCGCACUAAGGAUCGUCAAACCUCCAACCGAACGUGGAUCGCCCGCACCGUGCGUGCAUCGUCAAUAAACUUUAGCUCCACGC